UGCUGUCAUAAACAGCGAAUUACUAUUUGAUGAUUGUGAUUUUUUGAUCAUUUUUUGAAACCUAUUCGUACGUAGUUACGGUGUUUCUUGAUUAGGUAGAAUAGAUAGACAUUAGAAAUAGCAUUAUAUAAAAAUGGAUAAACCCUACAAACUAAGCUGUUGUCUUUAUGGACAUACUCUAGAUGUAAGGUCAUUAGCGGUUACUUCAGGAAACGCUAUUUUAAGCGGAUCCAGAGAUAAAUCCGCAAAGUUCUGGAAACCCAAUGGGUUCAAUGCUUCUUACAAUGAGUUCAUAUCUUAUAAGGAUCAAAAAAAUUUUGUUGCUAGCGUUUUGUAUAUAGAACCUUCCAAUGAAUUUCCGGAAGGUUUAGUUAUUACAGGUGGUAACGAUAGCGUUAUAUUGAUAUACAAGCCUUCAGAGCCUUUUUCGUGCGGCUCUAUCAAAGAACACUCUAAUACAGUUAGUUGUUUAUCAAAAGGAGUUGCACCAAAUUCAUUUAUAAGUGGAUCUUGGGACACCACAGCUAAAUAUUGGGUUUUAAACAAGGACUCUCAAACUCAAACCUCCCUUUCAACAUUGAAAGGUCACACGGCGGCAGUAUGGUCAGUAAUCCAAUUACAAGACUCAAAAAUCGUGACUGCUUCAGCUGACAAAACAAUUUGCUUUUGGGAUGAGAAAGGAACUCUACUGAAAACACUCAGUGGACAUACAGAUUGUGUGAGAGGUCUCUGUGAUGUGCCAGAAUCAAAUUUAUUCCUCAGUGUAUCCAAUGAUGCUUCUAUAAAAUUAUGGUCUUAUGAUGGAUCUAAUGUAGAGACUUUUUAUGGCCACACAAAUUAUAUUUAUAGUAUUGCCAAAUGUAAAAAUGGUAGUAAUUGCUUUGUUACCUCUGAUGAAGAUAGAACCGUGAAAAUUUGGAAAGACGGUGUAAAUACUCAAACGUUUCAGCUACCAGCCCAAUCGGUAUGGGCAGUAGCAACACUAAGUAAUGGAGAUAUUGUAACAGGAUCAAGUGAUGGUGUUGUGAGAAUAUUCACUCAAGAUGAAGGUAGAAUUGCAGAUGCUUUUACUCUGUCGAAGUAUGAGGAAGAAGUGGCUGCUUUAACUGUGCAAAAUAGUCAAGAAUUAGGGGGAUAUAAAGUUUCAGAUUUGCCGGGGCCAGAGGCAUUACUGGAAGAGGGCAAAAAACCAGGACAAAUUAAAAUGAUACGCGAACCAGCUGGUGUUGUAGCUUACACAUGGACUGUUGAAGGAGGUAGGGGCUUUUGGAAUAAAGUAGGAGAUGUAGUUGGCGCAAAUAGUGAAGAAAACAAGGGCAAAACACAGUUUGAAGGAAAAUACUAUGACUAUGUAUUUUCUGUUGAUGUAGAAGAUGGAAAGCCUCCUUUAAAACUGCCAUAUAAUAAAGGAGAUGAUCCAAAUGAUGCUGCACAAAAUUUUUUGGUGAAAAACUCUUUGCCUUUUGUAUAUUUAGACCAGGUUGUAGACUUUAUACUCAAAAAUAGUGGUCAACAACAACCAACCACCACUACUAGUGACUAUGUUGAUCCUUUCACUGGAGGCUCAAGAUAUAUGCCAUCGGGAAAUAAUCAAACCCAAUACCAAGGCAUGAAUGUUGAUCCUUUUACAGGUGGUAGUAGUUAUAGCACAAGAACCUCAACAGCUACGAACAUGGAUGUGUCAAGUGGGGCAAAUACGGAUCCUUUUACUGGCGGUAUGAGCUACACGACAGCCACCAACAAGUCCAGCUCGUAUUUUCCUCAACAAAGAUAUCUUCCUUUCGAGAUAGGCGACCCUAAUGUAAUUUUAAACAAGUUGAAAGAAUUCAAUCGUAAAGUAGGAGAUGGGUCGAACUCCGUUGAGGAGAAAGACCUUGAGCUAUUUGUUAGUUUAUGUAAGGGGCCGGUUACAGAGAUGGAGGUUUUCGACAUUAUGUUCAAGUUGUUAGAAUGGCCAGAAGAUAUGAUUUUCCCAGUCUUGGAUGUAGUUAGGAUAGCAGUGAAGCAUGAAAAAAACAACGAACUUAUAGUUGCCUUAGGAAGUGACCAAAUUAUGGGAAAAUUGAAACAUUUUAUCAGCGAACAGUGCUCUGUAGUUAACAAUAAAAUUGUGGCAUUAAGGACUUUGAGUAAUUUGUGUCUUCACAGUCCUGGAGAAACCUUGAUGUUCAAUAACCGAUUUGAUGUUGUUGAGAAUAUUACUUCAAUGAGGGGGCUAAAUAAAAAUGCACAGAUUGCUGUUGCUACUCUCCUAUUGAAUUUGACUGUUUUAUGCCAAAGAAAAACUGAUGACUUAGGAAUAUCCGUAUUAGUUGAUGUUGCACAAGAUAUUCUCGCAACACUAUCUGAUCCAGAAUCUCAGUUCCGAACAUAUGUUGCAUUAGGCACAUUGCUGACACCUAAUUCAGUUGACAGUACAGAAGUUAGACUUAAACUCAAAACAAACACUAAUUUCAUGAGAUUAUUGAAUGAACAUAGUUCGACCUAUAAUGGCGAUAUUGAAAAGAAGAGAAUGGAGUGUGCAAAGGAUGUAAUGAAACUAUUAUAAUUCUUUUCAAUUUAUUAAACUAAAAACUUGUGUCUACCCAAAUUUAUUUAAUAAACUAUUAUGGUUGAAUUUCCAAUUCACCUUUUUUAGCCUUGA